UUCCCUUUUCGCUAUUCGUUUACGCAAUAGCUGACUGGUGAUCGGGGUAAUCGUGAAUUCACUGUUCUUAAAUUUUCAUCUGUAAAUUCAAUAGAAAAAAAUCAGCAAUAUGCUGAGAUUUGUGGCUGGACGUGCGAUUAAUGCGGCUCGAGGAAUGGUGAUCCCCAGGGCAACUGCUGUUGGGAUACAGUCAACAAGAUCAUCACAUGGAGUUCAGGAGACUGACGAGGAGUUCGAUGCAAGAUAUGAGGCCUUCUUCAAUCGCCCUGACAUCGAUCACUGGGAAAUCCGCAAAGCCAUGAAUGAUCUUGCUGGUAUGGAUCUUGUGCCAGAGCCAAAAAUCGUCAUAGCUGCUCUAAAAGCGUGCCGAAGACUCAAUGACUUUGCCCUCGCAAUCAGAUUUCUGGAGACCGUGAAAUUCAAAGGUGGCACCGAAGCCCAUCUCACUUGGCCCUAUAUCGUACAGGAAAUUCGUCCAACCCUUGACGAGCUAGGAAUCAACACACCAGAAGAGCUUGGCUACGAUAAACCGGAAUUGGCACUCAAACCGGUCUAUGAUUACUAGAUUCAAUAUGUUCAAAUGAAGAGGAAAGCUAGUCUUAAUGUCCUAGGGGUCUGUUCGAUUUUCGCGAUCAUUUUCAAUAAUGGAAUGAAAGGAAAUGCCCAAAAUAAUGAACAUAAAACGAUAAACGUGUGUACAUUUUUCCCUUGUUGAAACAAUUUAUUAUUAAUGAAUAAAAGAGGAGAUUGAGACAUUGAA